CUUCAUCCUCCUCUCAUGCAGCCUUUCAGUGAUACAUUGAGGUGGUCCUGAGCUGAGGUUUUGUUCUGUGUAAAUUGUUUUUAAAUAAAUCAGACAAAUAUUGUAUGCUGUUUUUGUGUUUUGCUCACUCGUGAUGGUUAAAAACACAAUGCAGGACACAAUGGCCUAAUUUGCAUGACACGCCAGUAAAUAACACAAUCUUGUAAUAAAGGAGAAUACAAGUGAAUGCUCUACUGAAAUGAUGUUUACUGUUUAAAGAGUACUCUCCCAUCAUUUUGGUUAGGAUACUUUGCCCUAGGAAUUUAAAAUAGGACAAUGCUGAGACACGUGCAGUAUUGCAUGCUCUUUAAAAAGCCAGUUUAUGUAUUUUUUCGUAAGCAGUGACCAAAACACAAGGCCAAAUCUUUCUAUAUCUAUAUAAUUUGGCGUACAUUGAUUUCUUAAAUAUAGAAUUUGUCAUGCAUCUUGAUGUUUUUAUAUAAAAAAUUGUAAUGAAUGCAUAUUGAUUGAUCGUACUUUGCGCGAAUGACCUACUAUAUAUACACGAUGGUAACACACUGAUCUCCUAUUGGUCGCCCUGACUAGUGGACCUUCUCUUAUUGGCUAAACUUCAGCAGCGCUCCCUGGCUAUUUGGAAGCUCGACUGUGAUUGGCUAGUCCGUGAGUCUCGUUGGAUUUUGUAAAAACGGAUCCUAUCUGCCGAAGCUGUUGGGCGCCGUCCGGCUGGUCUUGUUUACGUGGAGGACGCAGCAUUGUCCUAUGGUCCAGCUCCACAUUUCUGAGGAGGAGACAAGGCGAGGGAGAGAAAGAGCAGGGCAAUGUUGACUUACCCUUCUGACUCGCUCCCACACCUUCUUUUUCCAAUGGAUGAUGAUGCACUGCCCCCCAACCCUUACUGUAGUGCACCUCCCCACAGUGAGCCUCCACCACCUCUCCUCACCUUUCCCUCCAUCACUCCCAGAGGGAAUGAUGGGACAUCGGGCCACAGACGGAGCGGCCGCAUUCAAGGGAUCCAGACUCACGCUCCUCACGCCGAGGACACAUCGUCCACACACAAUCCGUCCACUUUCAAGAGACAGAGCGGCAGCAGGGACAUGGUGCAAAUGUCCAAGCAGCCCAGAGUUGACAGCACACAUCUGCACGAGAAGCAGGAUGGGAGUGAUUGUCAUGCUGCAGCCGAGUGCCAAAACACGGAAAAGCAGCAAAGCAGCCCAGCAGAGAACCAAAACACGUUCCACGCGCAACAUUUGAUGGAUAGACUGGAGGCCACGCAAGCGCUUGCCUCCUCCGUGUCCGUCCUGGACCCGUGCCGUGCGACCGCUUCGGCUCCCGCGGGAUGGGUCAACCCUUUCUUCCAGUCCUUCAAAUCCAAGAUGGCCACUUUCACCGAAAUAGUCAUGAGUCCUGUCAAGCUCUUCAAAGACAGAAGCAUUCCUUCUCCGCAUGCGUUGCACGACCGCGAGAUUCAGCUUGAUGACAGUGAGGCUUUGCAAGCGAAGCGGGAGCAGUGUGAGAACGGCAACCAGGAAGGAGAAGAUCACGAGCGGAGUUUGUUCUCUCAGGUCCAGCAACCUGACGCAGGAGGCGACUCAACGACUGACUCCCGGCAUUCAAGGAGAUUAUUUAAUGUGGACUCAUCAGCUUCACCUGAGCACGUGAUCGAAGUGCCUUCACCCUGCAAUGUGCCAAUAAACCACCAGCUUGCCUCAGAGCAGCCGCAGGCACAAGAGACCACAGUAAAAAUGGCCAACGUCAUGGAGGAGGACCCUGUGCUGCUAAAAACGCGUCUGAGGAAGCAGACUGGAAGCAAAUCAAACAAAGAUAACACUGAGAAGACUCUGCUCUCUUUUUCCUGUAAGUCAGCACAUCCUGAUGAUGAUGUUAAUGAUGCCAAGAACCAAGAAAAUAAAAGCCCGCUCCAUCCGGACCUCACAAACAACGCUGAAACCCACUCUGGUCUCAUUCGAUCCAAGAGGCCGCUCAAACCUGAGUGUAACCCAAAAGUCCUGGUCCAGAGGAUAAGACUGAAGGGCAGUUCACGCACGGCCGAGUCCAAAAAUCAAGCCCAGCCAGUUGGACCGGCACCGCACACACGGGAAGCUGUGUCCGCACAAGCAGCUUUACUCGGACAGGAAACGCUCCAGCCUGCCGCCAAGAGACGGAACAUUGCAGCAAGUGUGAAGCAGAAAGUAGAAGGCGGGCCAGAACCGAAUGGAACAUUGUGCCAAAGUGUCUUAGGCGAGACCUCAGUGGUCCCCCCGGGCCCAGUCAGCCACGAGAACAAGCAGAAAGGCGGCAGCAGAAAGGCAAAGCCCGGCCCCUCGUGCAGAACGCACAAGGCGAGAAGUGACCUUGGCGAACCUGACGUCGGCGCCGACCCAGGAGUCACGCCUGCCGAACAGGUUCUGCUGCAGCAGCUUCAGGGAGGGAGCCAAUGCAAGAAUGUAAACACCAAACCACGCAAACGCAAAUCGCUUGUCCCAACACAGCCCGCUUCAUCAGCUGACCCGCUGGCGUCCGCUGGCUUGUCUUCUGAGCGCGCUCAAAGCGAGGGCACUGCCACCAGCCGGCCUGUCAAGAAGCCCAAAAGGUGUUCAGAAGGUUCUGCCUCAGACAGGAUUCACGUUCAAACAAAAAAGACUCGAGCUAAACCUGUUAAAGCUACAAUGUCCACAGAACCACUUUAUUUUGAAAUGACACCCUUUGAAGGGAACAGCCAGUUGGAUCUUUCGCUCUCCAGAACCCAGUCCGAAUGUAGCGAGACGCUCCACCAUAAACUUCACAAUGCUGCUUCCUGUGACGCUCAGGAGGCAGAUGAUCCAGACACCUCCAGGUCACGAACCAGCGCAAGACGGGUUAACAGGAAGCAGCCCAGAGCGGAUCACCAAUGGAGGCGAUCCAGAGUCAUUCGGGCCGACCGAACCAACUCGGCCACCACGGAGGACCUGCCAACACGCGCCAGCGUGUCAGGAAACCCCGGCCAGCUCUUGCGCAGCUACUCCUGCCCGGAGAUCCCCUCCCUUUUCUCCGUGACCCACUCCUCUCUUCCCGGAUUGCACCAGCAUCUGCCGGUGCACGCCUCCGUCCUCGCUCACGCCCUCAAAGGCGCGCGUCGGGCCCGCCGCCAUACCGUGUGCAGCAUGGAGGUGGAGAGGGAGAUCGCCCCCCUGUGCCUACGGAAGGAGGUGUACCCGUCCAGGCGCUCCUUCCCGUACGACAGCCUGGUGCCCCACAGUCCUCCCCCUUCCCUCUCCCCUACCUCCUACCUCACAGCGCUGGCUUCCUGCUUCCUUUCCAGUCCCCUGGCCUUCCUCUCAGGGAGGGGAGAGGCUUAUGGAGCAUCCCCCUUCCCCGUCAUAUCAAGCCAGACCCUCUCUUCUCCUUCGCCAUCCCUCAUGAGUCCCACUUGUGGCGCCCUGGAUGCCAACACCAGCGGGAAUCUGCUGGAGUCUGACGGGGGACAUCAGCGCGAGGAAGAGGAGGACACCAGCUCCUCCAGUCAUGAGUUUGACGACACAGCGCUGAGGGAAGAAAAGUCUCUGUCCGACUCUGAGCUCAAGGUGGUGCAAAAGCACGCGGAGCGGGGCAAGGUGUCCUCCAUUCGAAUUCGGAAGGCGCUGCCCAAACCUCAGAACAACCUGACGCCCAUGGGCCUCCCGAAACCCGUCAGGCUGAAGAAGAAGCAGUUCAGUCUGGAGGAAAUUUACACCAACAAGAACUUCAGCAAACCUCCUGAAAGCCGGCUGGAGACCAUAUUCGAGGUUCCGCCCAGUCGCCGCAACGGCUCCGAGUCCUGCUUCAGUCAGCGCCGCUUCAAGCGCUUUUUGGAGUUCCAGGAGGCAGGCGAGGCCAGGAAACCAAAGAAGCCGCUGGUGGGCGUCGGCAAGCCCGGGGCGGCGCCAUCGUCAUCGUCGUCAUCAUCGCGCACGAGACGAGGGGCCUUUGCCAAAGACGACGUCACCGCCCUCCUGGCGCCGGACGCCGACUCGCUUCUCUGUGCCAAGCUGGACCAGCUCAACUUGUGGCUGAUCCACGACCAGGUGGACUGCUGACGCGCGUUUGACCGCCCUUUUUUUUCCUCUCUCUCCCACCUCCAAUGUUCCUUGAACGCAUCACCGCACAGGAAGCCUUCUGCGCUGCAUUUGUAUUUGUCCACUUUCUUCCUGUUGCAAGCGUUGCAGGAGCAGCUCUUGUAGUCAGUGUUCCGACCGUGGAAGGAUGAUGCUGUGUGGUCGUCAUGGUAACGACUGUACUGUAGAUGGUAUGGCAGCUCUUAUUUAUUGCAACAUAGGCACACGCCAGUUGCGACGCUCCACACGUGUGUCAUGGCUGCUGUUGAUUUGCUCGUGGUGUUGUGUCGUUGCUCAGCGACCAAGGUAUGACGCCCGGGUAAACCAGGCGGCCUAAACUGUCAGCAUUUAGCUUGUUCGCCGUUUUCGUUUGUUUUUCAAGUGACUCCCAAGCACAACUCUUUUUUUUUUUUUAAAGCAUUUAUUAUAAAAUUGUUUUUUGUAUAAAACCACAACACAUUGAUACAUUUAAUAAAGUAAGAAUGCAAUAAUAAUGUUGGCGCCAAAGCAUAGAUGCUUACGUUACUGCCAUGUUGACUAAUUUAUUAGCUUUUCUACAACCUUCAGUAUUGCUGAAUUAGACAUUUGGUCAGUGAGGAUGGCCUCUUGUCGUGCAUAAGGUGUAUAAAUUGUCAGCAUGUGGUUUUAUACAGACGUUUAUGUCGGCAAGGGCCGCCACGUUGGAAAAUAAAUAAAUAUCAGCCUAUAAACACGUUUGUACACGUCUGCAGCAUGUGUUUCCUGUAACGUCCCUUUUUGUUUCCCCCUUGCGUGUUGGCCGGCGCCUCAAUCCUGCAGCGUGACCAAGUACGAGCCGAGCGCCAUCAGGGGCGGCGCCAAGGCCAGGAUGGACAACCACGUCACGAUGGAGAUGAUGCCAAACUUCCUGGCCCGCCGUGAAAACCUCUGGGACGCCUGUUCGUUUGGCUCCCACUCGGCCUGUUGGAAAGAGGGGAGGGGGGCAUUGUCAUGGCCGUCAAUGAAGAACACUUACGUCCAAAGGGUCAAAGUUCAUGUUUGCAGUAUUUCCACCCAUUUUUGACUGAUGCCCUAACUGUAAGUAUUAUAUUUUAUUAAUCAAGUCACAACAUCUCUCUCCCCCCCCCCCCCCCCCCCCAAGUAAACAUGAUCAGAAGAUACAAAAUAUAUCAAUAUAAAGUAUAAUUAUUUUAUUAUGAAAAUAAUAAUGCAUGUGUGUGCUUCUGAUAGGUCUGUGUACUAAACAGAAUGCAGUUGUGCUUGUGGCGGUUACCUUCACUGAGUUGAUGAGCGCUUUGAUUCCAAUGCAGGAGAUGCCGCAGAUGAUGCUGCAGAUGGCCAGCCACCUGUGGUGCUUGUCGCGGAAGCGGCUCGCUCUGUGCGCCACGGCCGUGGCGGCGCCGUUCUGUGGGUCACCUGACCCCGGCACGGUUUUCAGAGGCGUCUCCUCGUCCACCGUCACGCUGGUGUGAGGUGAGUCUGACAUGUCUGCAACGACACGUUGAAGGCAAGAUGAGAUGCUGCUUUAUGGCUUGAACUUUGUUCCUGACUGAUUGGAAUGUGUGCUGAGAUAAAGACACGCCAUCUCACACGUUUAUGUGGGUCAAUCUGCCUGGUUAAUGUCUAAUGGAAUGUUUAUUGGGCUUCAUGUUCAUGAGAAGAAGGCUGUUGUAAAUGUGUUUAACCCUUAUGUGAGACAUCAGCGCACGUCUUUCUCUUUUCUGUGCUUUCUAAAGAUAUACUGUAAAAACAGCUAAAAAGAUGCAGCUAAGAAUGCACGUAAUGGGACGCACCUAUUCCACCUAUAAAGCCGUCUGGGGAAAAAAACUCCAAAAAUGCCCCAUUUACAUAAUGUGACCUGUAUAUUAACCAAACCGCAAUGACAUUGUUAUUAACAUUGUUACGGCCAAGAACUACAUUACUGGUGUAGUGACACCUCGCCACACCACACUGGCUAGCGACUGCCUUCACAACGUACUCGCUCACAGCGCGUCACAAAGCCUCAGACCACUAGUGAAAGGUAACGCCACAUAUUGGAGCUGCUGCUGUAUUUUUAUUUUUGAGCUGUAAAAGUUAACGCUAGCUGUAGCAUUCCUUUUUAUGCUGCUAUGUGAAAUCAAUGCAUCCAGGAAGGAAGUUCCGCUAAUGCUUAAAAUGGCCAAAGUACGGCAUGAUUACAUGUUAUCAUAAAAGUGCCUUUUUCUACUGUACAUGCUCACAGCAUGGAUAUAAAACCUUGUUGGAGGAUUUUUGGAGGCGUUUUAAUAGUGGGCGUUGUAGGCGGAAUAGGCGUGUCCUGUGACGUGCAUUAAUUACCUCUUUGUGUACCUCUUUGUAGCUGUUUUUAUAUAUUUAGAGCACACAAAAGAGAGACGCGUGUUUAUGUCUGACAUAAGGAUUGUGGAUGAUGGGAAAAAUUCCAAAAAAGAGCACUUUUCCUUCUAAAAAACAACAAAAAAACCCUCCUGCUAUUGUGAGUCGGUCCUGAUGCUGCACAAUGUGCGUGUAAAUGUGCUGUUCACUGUAUCCCCAUGGCAACAUCAUCACUGUGUGAACACUGAGGAUAAAAGCGGCCAAUUUACCACAUGGAAAGGUACACGUCGCAAUCAACCACAGCAACUGGACUAAAACUUCUUCUUUUCUUUUUUUCCCCACUCGUUUUAAUCAUUUCCUGACCUCUGCUGGAACCAUGUAUUUUUUUUCCAAGUGGCAUGCUCAUAUAUGGAAGUCCGUGUUGCAUUGACGUCAGUGGAACUCUGUUUAAAAAAACUACUGUAAAACGAAGCGUGCAGAGCCGCCCAAAACUGCUUUCAGGGCUCACUUCCAAAUGCGCAGACCUCAUUAUCUGACACGUUGGCAUCGUUUAACAUGAGAAUACGACAUUGUAACAACAUGUAUAGGUCCGAAAAGAGGAAAAGCAUAAUAGGUCCCCUUUAAAGAACCCUUUAAAAUAUUUCUGUGUCCAGAUGGUGAUCCGGAUCACCCCCAGAAUUUAAUGAGUUCUUCCAUGUCCCAUUUCAUCCAAAUCCAUUCACACUGUUUCAAGUUAUUAUUAACACAAUUGUUGGAUGGAAGGUUUAAGAAGUCAUUGGCCAAGAAGAAAAAGAAAAAAAAUUAUUAUUAACACAAACAGAUAAACAUAACCUCUGCAAUUGCACUUGGCGGAGGUAAAAAGUGGAAUAAAAAUAUAAUUUAAUUAUAAAAAUGAAAUAAGUUGGAACAAAUAACAUUUUUUACAACAGUAUGUAUUGAAAGAAACGCAUAAUUCAUGAAUAAAUGUUGCGUGUAGAUGAAGAAAACAACUGUGGCCUGCAGUGUUGACUGCAAGCUACGUGUUUAAACACGCUCGGGGAAGCAACUUCUCUUUCACUUUUUUUUUGCUGGAUUUCAACACCAAGUGCAAAGCAACACUUGGAUGGCGCAACAUGGGUCGGCUUUAGUAGGUUCCUCAAAAGCCCGACAAAGCAGUCAUAUUCCAAAAACGACACGUUGCGGCGGAGAACGUGUCAACAGCUUAUCAAAAUACGUGCUGCAGGUGCGAAAGUUCUUACUUUGUGGCAGUUUUGGUGGUGUCCUCCUCUCUUGUUGUCUUAUUUCCUCAACAAGAUGAGCAGGUGUUUAAAAAAAUAUAUAUUCCACUUGAAGGUGACAGCGGCAGGCUUCUUGUUGGCGUCUAGUGGCAGCCUCCACAGGUCUUCAUGGUGCAGCCGAGAGUUGAGAGCAACAACUGAAACUCAGUGUGAAACCUCCACGCCCAUUUACUGCUCAGGAUCUUUCCCUGUGAUGGCCCUCCCACACUAACACACCCGUCACACUUGACUGUGGGCUUCCCAGAGGUCACACGGAACUAUGACCUCUCCCCUGACACAUUUCAUAGGAGUUGAGCAAGGUGUGUCACGUCGCUCGUCCCGCCCCAGGGUGAAGCAGAUUCCAGUCGGUGACGCCACUGUUUACUUGCCCUGUGCCGGCACAGAACCAGCAGGAUGUUUUGUCACGCUGACGCUGAGCCUGAGUCAUCGAUACUCUAAAUAGUGACCUGGUAAAACAAUGUGUAUGAUGAGACAAUGAGAUGAGACAAUAGAAGAUGCCAUAAAAUACCACUCAUAUGUCAAUGUAUAAGGAAAUUACAAUAUCUCUCAAUAUCUCUAGUCAAAAUAUAUGUAUUGUAUAUAUUUAUAUAUAUGUACAGUACAGAGUGCUCACUUCAAAUAUUGAUUUAUUUUUAUUCAUUAAUUACUUUAAACACUUUUUUUAAAGACUUAAAACUUUCCAACAUGCAGAACACACAUGGAUGGGGCGUGUCUAGUGCGAGCAUUGUGGCCCGCCCUCAUCUUUAAUCGGACCAAUCAGGACGCCUGAAGUCAUAAAGGCGGAAUAAACACGGAAGUGGUGGGAAAGAGAAACACCACAGGGCCGUUUGACACGUCGGCGGUGCAUCAUAAGCAGAAAUGGAGGGGGAUUCCGGGGUGGUUUUAGCCACGGAGCGAUACGGCAGUGGUGAGUCCUGGAAGUAUUUUGCAAAAGAUGGAGUGAUGGAGAGGAGAAGAGUUGGCAGUGGAGCUAAAUCAAGAGGAAAGUCCUUUGUUGGCGUUUUCAAAAGCAUCUUUAUGCCUCAAGGCUAUCCGGAGAGUGUGAGCGGCGACUACCUGCAGUACCAGCUUUGGGAUACUGCGCAGGUAUAAGUAUUCAGACAGGACCAAACCAUCAAGGUCAGCAUCCUUUGAAAGCCUCUUGAUGCUCUCCUCAGGCCUUCGCCAGCUCUCUGUCGGGGACUCUGGCCACUCAGGCGUCACUUAAAGGCGUCGGUGUUGGAAACCAGGAAGCAACAGUGGCCGCAGCCACCGUAACGUGGUUGUUAA